AUGCACAGAAAGCUGCGGCUUUUGCAGAGAAGCUCGUUCUACUUAGAGGUCCGACUGGAUGAAGGGCCAGCUGCAGAGGGGCAGCAGCCUCUGGGCACCGCGGUGUCCUCUCUGACUGACAAGCGGAGGCUGCAGCGGGCCAUGGCUCUGGGCCGGACCCAGGUCACGCUACUGCUCACUGUGAUGGGACAGCUGUACCAAGUGAUCACCAGGAGCUGCCGGGAGCUGGAGGCCUUCAUCAUGAAGUAUAAACAGGGUUUGGUGGACAGUGACAUGGCAGCUUCCAUGCAGCAGAAGAUCCAGCAAACGUGGCAGCACGUGCACGAUUUUGAUACCAGAUUGACUCGGAAUUGCGGCCCACUAAACCUGCAGAACCAGCUCGCCUCAAAUACAGGCAACCUUCACACUCUCCAGCUUAGUGCAUUGGUUUCCUUCAAGAUGCCAGUGAUUUUUGACCGGGUCAAGUCCAGUGUGUUAUCCAACGGUGUGCAUCUGUUCUGGGAAGUUGCAUGCGUGUCGUCUCAGGAGCUGUACCAAAUGUUUGAGAUCCACAUAGAAAGCUGUCAUCCAACUACUGCUGACAAUGCCAAACUUAUAUAUGCAUGCCAGUCGUAUGACCUACAGCUCAGCCUCCUCGAACCUGACAGGAACUAUAAGUUCUCUGUCAUAAGAGUAAAUGCUGUAAACUUGCUGUAUGGACUGUGGAUGGACAGCAUUAUCCUGAAGACCUUGGAUAUUUCCAAGUAA